UUGCUGGUUCACAUAUACAGUAGUGCUGUACCAUUGAUUACUAACCAUGUUAAUACAAGGUUGGACUGAGUUUGCUUCAUACAGAUAUUUUGAUGUCAGGGAUGUAAAGGUUGAUGAGACAUUUGGGCACAUUUGCUGUCUCCCAUUUAGACAAAUCUUAAUUUGAUUUUGGCAAAAAGAAGUCAUAAUUAAGAAUUCACUGCCUGAAUUAAGCUGUGGUUUUCUCUGAGCCAUUCAGAGCAGUUGCUCAGAAAAUUAUACAACAAUAAACAAUAUAAAAACAACAAAUGGGGCAACACAAACAGGAGGUAACUUAGCUACAACAGGACUGCAUUGUUCAGAUUUUACACACCAUAUGUACUGUAUUGAGAUCCUUGUAUAAAUUGAUACAACAUGUUGUUACACCCCUGCUGGAUAUUUGUAAAAACUUACACAUUUUUGUCAGCAGAAAAUAAUUUUGAUUCUUAAAAAGUGAAGAAAGGAAUUGGUUUUCAGCCUCUCAAAUAUGAAUAUUUUCUGGUUUUCUUAAUAUUCUGUGACAAUAAAUUAGUUAGACAAAACAAGAGAUUUGAAAAAAAAAGUGAUGGGUCUUUUUCACUGUUUCAUCACAAUCUGUGAUUACAAAGGGAAUCAGUAGAUUAAUCAAAAAUUAAAGUAAGGAUUACUUUAAUCACCCAUUAAUCUACCUGUUAUCUUCUUGAUCAAUCCAUUCAGGGUUUGGUGACUGUCAGCAAAUAGUGAAAAAUUACAAGUUUCCAGUGCUCAAAGUGAUGUCUUCAGGUGUCUUGUUUUGUUUGACCAACAGCCCAAAAGUAAUGUAACAUACAGUUACUUAUAAUAGAAAAGCAGAAAAAUAUUCACAUUUGUUAGGCUUGAUCCAGUGAAUUUGUGCUUAAAAAUGACAAUUAAUGGAUUAUCAGAACCGGCACUGAUGAAGUUUCUGUUGAUUGAUUGAACUAAAUCAGCUGAUCACUGCAGCUCUAAAACAUAAAAGCGACAGUAUAUUGGGAGCAGUUGAAUUGAUGUGGUUUUAUUGUGACAUGAAAUACCACAGCCAUUGAUUGAUUCAUAUGGUUAGUAAUCAAAAGAUUUCAACACACUUCCUCGCAGCAUCAUUUUCAUCACUUCAGUCUAUUAGCAUCUGCCUGCUUUUUUUUUUACUCUUUGCUUUUCACCCACAUUUGUUGGGUGUCAUGGUGCCAAGAAACUUGCAUCAGUUUGGAGGUGAAACUGGGUGGGCUGCAUUUUCCUUUUAAAAUCAAAUUCAUACAUUCCAACUGAUUGGGUUUUGUCUCGGAGCAUUUGAUGAGUGGCCUGGCAGUCCCAAAGUUGAUCUGCAUCUCAAAAGCGAGAAGCAUCAAGCGUUGAUCUGACCGGUGAUGGUGCUUUUUUAGCACACGUACACACACGCGCACAAAUGAUCAAUGUAAUUUGGUGUACUGAAAUAGCCCACCAUAAGGAACAGGCAGCCAACCCCAUCAGUCACGUGGUACAGGGUGCAGCAACGUCAUUAGGGCAGAGAUUUGUGAAGAAUAAGCAGACAGAAGGAAGGAGCCCCGGAGGUGCGGCACUUUCUUAGCAUUUGCAUCGUUCCUGUUGUUUUUUUUUCCCCCGGCCAGAGAGAGAACAGAGUAUCUGUUCAACAUUUUAGAGACCCAAAUGCCCGGUCCCACCCAAGCCCUUUCCCCAAAUGGAGAGAAUAACAACGACAUCGUCCAGGACAACGGAUCCAACAUCAUUCCUUACAGGAAAAAUACGGUGCGAGGAGAGCGCGCCUACAGCUGGGGGAUGGCGGUCAACGUAUAUUCUACCUCAAUAACCCAGGAGACUAUGAGCAGGCAUGACAUCACUGCCUGGGUUAACGACAUUCUCUGCCUAAACUAUACGAAAGUGGAGCAGCUCUCCUCAGGAGCUGCCUAUUGCCAGUUCAUGGACCUGCUCUUUCCUGGCUGCAUCAGUCUUAAAAAGGUCAAGUUUCAAGCUAAGUUGGAGCACGAGUACAUUCACAAUUUCAAAUUGUUACAGGCAUCCUUCAAAAGGAUGAAUGUGGACAAGAUUAUUCCUGUGGAGAAACUGGUCAAAGGCAGAUUUCAGGACAAUCUUGAUUUCAUCCAGUGGUUUAAGAAGUUCUUUGAUGCCAAUUACGAUGGUAAAGAGUAUGACCCAGUUGCGGCCAGACAGGGUCAGGAUGCCAUUCCCCCGCCUGACCCUGGUGAGCAGAUCUUCAACCUGCCAAAGAAGUCCCACCAUGCAGCCAGCUCACCUACUGCAGGAGCAUCGAGGUCGACCGCAACAACCCCCAAGUCCUCAACACCAACUUCAAGACCCUCGUCAGCAAAAAAGAUCCCUGUAUCAUCAACUCCUGCCAAAGGAGAGAAAGAACUGGAAGCACAGGUCACACAUCUUACGGAGCAGGUGAACACAUUAAAGUUGGCACUGGAAGGAGUGGAGAAGGAGCGGGACUACUACUUCAGCAAGCUGCGAGAGGUGGAGCUGCUGUGCCAGGAGCAGGGUGAAGAAAGUGCACCUUUUGUCGAACGGCUAAUGGAGGUCCUUUACGCCUCAGAUGAACAGGAAGGAGCAGAGCUGGCUGAGGGUGAUGGACAGGAAGUGGACCAGCAAGCCCAUGAGGAGGCACCAGAUUAUCAGCAGGAGGAGCAGGAUGAAUACUGACUACCAUCAACCCACACCGCGGUUACACCCUUCUUUUUAAUAUGUGAGAACUGUUAAAGGAUUUUAAUUUUUCCCUCAUGGUUUAUUUUUUGUCCUCUCCAAGACUGAGCACAUGAAGCAAACCUGAAUAGAAGCACCAUCACAGUUUUUAUUUUUUGUAUCCCUCUGCUCACUGUUCGAUGUUUUUGUGACUUUUGGUGAACUGCUGUGGCAGACGAGCUCAGACCAUCACAGAAGUUUGCGAGGACUGUGUGAGUGGAAAGUUGACUCAAAAGCUACAGUAGAUGUGCUGAAAUGCUGAAGUUUAGACGGGCAGCUGUACCUGUCAAUGCAAGUGUUAACUUCCCAGCUUAUGUCCUUUUUUUCCAUUUUAUUUUGUUUUUAUUUUGCAUAUCAACAAUAUUAAUCACAAGAAUGCAAUAAGCAAAGCCCUGAAAGGGCUCGUAGUAGCUCUUAUUUAACCUCCUUCCAUAUGUUGCACUGACAUUUGACUCUGUACUGGACAAUCUGUCCAUAGAUCCUCACGGUAUUUAUUAUUAUUAAGCCUUAGAAAUAGUCCAAGAUUCUGCAUUGCAUCCUCAUGAAGGAGGAAAAUACAUUCAAUGAAUUGUGAAUAAAUGUAGUAUAAUGCCACCGUAUGACUGUUUGACAUCCUCACAAAUUACAAGAUUUCAGAUAAUCAGUGUGCUCAACAAUGUGUUAUUCACACCACACAGGGUGGUUUGGCGAUAGUUUACUUGGUAUGCUGUAAUCAUAGGGAAGGAGAAAAACAUUAUUGUGGACUAGUCUUAUUAUGAUGCAGCAUUUUAAGUUUUAAACCUCAGCUGGAACUUGUGGUCUGUUCUGAUUUCAGAGUUGUGUUUUUUUAAACCACAAGUCUUAGGGAGGUGAGUCGGUUCACUGAGUAAUUUGCCAUGCUAUAUUCCAGUAAGUACAUUGUAUACCCUUUCUUAAUAUUGCAUUUACUAAUAUUGAACUGGGCAGUGCACCAUAAUGCUUUAGUCAUAUAUUAUUAUUGUGUAAAUGAAAAGGAAUGUAAACAUGUACUGUCAAUAAUUAAUGAAUGGUAAAUGUUUUUUUUCAUGUCCCACUCAUUAUGCAUUCCCCAAAAAAUGUGUUGCAUGUUUGCAUUUUAUUUGUGAAUAACUUGACCUGCUUUUUACAUAUUUAAUAAAAAACAAGUAUGUUAAGUGAGCUUUUUGUAUGUUUAACCUGCUAUUUGAAAGAUGUUGAGAUUCAGAUGGAUUUGCUGUAAUAAAAUUAUGUUUUGAGUUCA